AGACUGACUCGACCAGACCAGCCACCCCACCAUCCGGAUCCCUCCCCCAUUCCCUUCCUCGUCUCGCCUCCUCGGGUGCCUUCCUUCCUCGUCGCCAACGUCGUCGAGAGCGAGGGGGAGAGAGAGAGAGAGGAAGAGACAAGGCGAAGCAGAGCGAUGGGCUUCAUCUCGUUCGUCGGGCGGGUGCUCUUCGCCUCCCUCUUCCUCCUCUCCGCCUACCAAGAGUCCAUUGAAUUCGGAGCUGAUGGUGGACCAGCAGCGAAGACCUUGAAGCCAAAAUUCAAUCUCUUUGUCAAGCAAGUGUCCAAGAAUACAGGGUUGGUGUUGCCACAUAUUGAUAUGAAAACUGUCAUUGCUGCUACCAUGUUUCUUAAAGGCUUUGGUGGUCUUCUGUUUAUCUUCAGCAGUUCAUUUGGAGCAUUCCUACUGCUUAUAUACUUGGCGUUUAUAACCCCUAUUGUGUACGAUUUCUACAAUUAUGAAAUGGAGACACCACAAUUUGCCCAGCUAUUUUUCAAGUUCUUACAGAACUUGGCACUUUUUGGUGCGCUGCUUUUCUUCCUGGGAAUGAAGAACUCUAUUCCAAGAAGGCGCUCCAAGGGGAGGACAACAAAGACCAAGACAAACUGAAGUCAGCAAUUGUAGGAGGGGAAGCUAUUAGCUCUUUGUGUUUGCAUACUAUACAGCAGUAGAUGUCCCACUUUUACUCUUGGCGCGCCCAUUGAACUUAGUAUAUAGGAUAUUUAAGUUCUUGCACAAUUCUAUUUUCGUGUUGUGUUUUUAUGUCAUGAUCCAUUUUGCUGCAAGAACUGCUUGUGUUAAUGAAAGAUCGAAAGAUUCGUCAUAA